AUGGCUCUUCCUCAGGACGUGAAGACAGCGACUCGCGCCCACUACCACAAUGACGAUCCAGAAUACCCGCGGCAAUGUGAGCGAUGGGGUUACAGCUUUCCUUGGAACAGUAAUCAUAUGACCGCUGAAGAGUUGCACGUUUUGCGUAACUCUCAUGACAUUAUUGGAUUAGCAGCAUACGAAAGUCUGAAAAGCAUCUUGGACGCGGAACGUACACCUAGCAAUGACAAAACUCUCAGUAUAACUGGCCAGCAGUCUGAUGACUGGUACGACGUCUUGAGAAUUCACCAUCAUGAAGAUGACGCCCUUCAGGGAUUCUGGAACGGGGUUCACACCGUGCCGGACUGGGUUGAUUGGAAGCAGAUUGAGCGUGGUCAGAGAUUGUUCGCCAAGUAUGCAUCAGCCAACUUGACCUUUCUUUUCUUCUAUGGUUUCCUUCGCGGUAGUGGUGUCUCCGGCGUGAAGGAAGUCUUCACUCGCACAACUAGCUUUACAAUACAAAAAUUCCUUCCACAGUUCAUGGGAAAUUUUGCCUGGCUGAUCAAAGUCACGAACUCAUUGGAAUACAUCCAACCUGGAGGCGAGGGUCAUAUCGACACGAUUCGAAUUCGCCUCAUCCACGCCUCUGUCCUACAUCGCAUUAUGAAGCUUGCUAAAAUACGUCCCGGCUAUUUCAACGUGGAGAAAAUUGGUCUUCCAAUCAAUUAUUUCAACUCUCUGCAUGUUCUCAGCAUCGUUAGUGGAAGUGUGUUGUGGGAUGGCCUACCUAAACUCGGAAUCACGGCAUCGAAGCAAGAACAAGAGGAUUACAUCGCUUUGUUUCGCUACCUUGCUUAUCUUAACGGCGUCCCUAGCGAGAGGUUCGAGAACUGCGAAAUGGCUAAAGCAACGAUGGAGAGCUUUCUGUUGGCUGAAGAGCAGCCGACACCUGCCUUGAAGAUACUGGCAGAAGACUUUGUUCGCUGGAUUGAAUUCAAGCCUCCACUAUUUUUGUCUCGAGGAUUCUUAAUGGCAGGGUUUCACCACUUCAACGGCGCGGAAUACUGCCAGGCUCUGGGGUUUACUUCUCCUAGCUUCCACAACAGAAUGUCUUUCAAGGGCUUAUGUUUGUUGCUUAAUCUGGUCUCGCUAGCUCAGCUCUGGAUUCCGUCUUUCGAUCAGUAUAUUGUCAUAGUAAGCAAAUUCCUAUAUCAUAUCACGAGGAAUGAACAUGCUAAACAUCUGAUGACAGACUUUCCUCAACAUCUCCGUUAA